AUGUCUUCUGAAACCCCCCUCCUCGACCCUGCCAUCUUCUCCCACCUGCAGGAGAAGAUCGAUGAAGAGGCCACUGUCCGUGAUAACCUCACGCAGAUAAUUCAGCGUCUGGAGCGCGCCGCCGCCACCGCUCAAGGUCUUCUUUCUCGCGUGCACUCUACUCCCCGCGCUCGCUAUCCUGCGCUGGUUUCUCAGGUUGAGGAUGCUAUCAAAGAAGAGGUCGCUAUCGUGAAGGAGCUCAGCGAGGUUGCUAGCCAGCACCCAUACUACAAAUACAACUUCAAGUGGGCGAGAACUGUCCAAAAUGCCAUCGGUACCGCCAUCUACGCUGCCUGGCUCGGCGGUCUAGGCUCCGACUCACAGCCCGCCUCUCUGGGCCGUCUCCUCACUCUCGAGCAAGUCGGUGACGUUUUCCAGGUCCCUACAAACCUGAAGGACCGUGACGCCUUCCACUUCACCAUCGAGGAAUAUCUCCUCUCCCUAACAGACCUAACCAACGAGAUUGCCCGCCUGGCCCCCAACGCUGUGACCCUCGGUGAUUUUGAGCUUCCUCUCGUUAUCAGCGGGUUCCUCAAAGAUCUCUUUGCCGGGUUCCAGCUCCUUAACCUCAAGAACGACAUCCUUCGCAAGCGAGCCGAUGCCGUCAAGUAUGACGUCAAGAGAGUUGAAGAUGUUGUUUACGAUUUGAGCCUGCGCGGACUAGUCAAGAGGGCCGGCGAGGGUGAUACGGAGAUGGCUGCUGCCGAGUAA